UUACCCAUUUCCCCUCCAAAACAAACAAGGAAGUUCUCCUUACCGAGGCAUACCUAGUACAUUCUUGGGUCUUCUGAAACGACGGCGAAGAUGGCAGCGAGGGACGAAGAAGAAUUCCGGAUGAUGAAGAAGAAAAAGGUUAAGGAAAUCGGUGGAAAGUGGCCUUUAGUCAAACCUAAGAAGGACCUGAAGAUGAAUCGCCUCAAGAGCACCAAUCUCUUUACGAUAUCAAACUUCCUCACAGCUUAUGAAGCAAAGGCAUUUAUUGAAGUUGCAGAGUCUUUCGGUUUCACCCACCAAGGGAGCCUGGGUCCAACCAAAGGUGAAGCUUACAGAGACAAUGAUCGCAUAUCUGUUAUUGACCCGUUUCUUGCGGAAAGUCUAUGGGAGUCUGGCUUGAAAGAAGCAUUUGAUGACAUCAAACCUAAUGGGAAAGCAGCUGUUGGUCUAAAUCCAAAUAUUAGAUUCUACAGAUAUAAAGUCGGCCAGAAGUUUGGACGGCACAUUGACGAGAGUGUAGACCUUGAACAAGGUGCUCGAACAUACUACACUCUACUAGUUUAUCUUAGCGGCAGCAUAAGUCCAAAAGGGAAGACCAACCCUGGCAAUAAUGACUCUUCCAUGCAACCCCUGGCCGGUGGAGAGACUGUCUUUUAUGAUAAAAAACUUGGGGUUGUCGCUGAGGUUACUCCACUUGAGGGAAUGGCUCUUCUUCAUCUUCACGGAGCAAAGUGCAUGUUGCAUGAAGCUCGUAUUGUGACGAAGGGUAUCAAAUAUGUAUUGCGCUCGGAUGUAGCUUUUGCAUGAUACAGCUCUGAUGGACUCUGCAUGCGAAAUUUUGAUGAAGACCCAAACCCUCACUAAGCAAAAGGCGAGUCAGUCGCAGGGCAACUCUCCUUUGGCAGACCAUUGAGAGGAAAUCAAAGCCACUUCUGAAUAAACUGCACUGAAAAAUCAGCUACCUUUCAACUCUGCCAAGGUAGAGGCGCCCUGGAACUGACUUGCUUAGCAAAGUCCGCUCUCUCACAGUCACAGGUUUUUCUCUUAUACUGCAAUAUUUUCAUCUUCUUUAUAGUGCCGAUGGACAUAGCUGCUUCAUUGGAGCGAUGGGAUAAGCUCAUCAUGAAAUAGCAUAUGCCAUAUGGCUAACCUUAGGGAUUAGGGUUUAUGCCAUAAAUAUCCUUAGUGGAGAAGUAUCGAACCUUUUUGUUCUUUGGUUUUACUCAUAUUUUAAAAAUAACUUUAUGGUUUA